CCACUUUCCCACUAAUGUGUCUGAGAUGAAGGGAUACUGAAAGGAGUCCAAAUUAACCUGCUGGAGAGAUGAAUAGAUAAUUAUAAUAAAGAUUUGGUCUGAGCUAUAAUUGAUCCUAUAAUUGAUGGAGACUUCAGAGCGGAUGUUUAACUGGGCAGAGGAGUGGAACAUCUCUUUUGCAGGCUGUGGAUUCAGAAGUAUUUACUACGUUGGAGCACUGAGCUGUAUCCUAGAGCGAGUUCCACAACUGGUUCAUGGUGCUUCUAAAAUCUGUGGAGCUUCAUCUGGUUGUCUUGUGGCAGCAGCUCUGACUGUUGGAAUUCCCAUCGAACAGCUUUGCUUCAUUAUUCUGACCAUAGCGAAAGAGGCCAGAAAACACACCCUUGGGGUUUUCCACCCGACCUUUAGUCUGCUGCGAACAAUACAUCGCUACCUGCUGGAGAAGCUUCCAGAAGACGCCCAUCUUCGGGCCACUGGAAAACUCUGUGUGUCCCUCACCAGACUGUCUGAUGGUAAAAAUGUUUUGGUGUCAGAAUUUACCAGCAGAGAGGAGCUCAUUCAGGUUCUGAUGUGCAGUUGUUUUUUCCCUGUUUACUGCGGGUUCAUCCCACCAUCAUACCGUGGAGUGCGCUACAUGGAUGGAGCCCUGAGCAACAACAUGCCCCUGUUUGAGCACAGAAACACCAUUACUGUGGCCCCAUUCUCAGGCGAGAGCGACAUCUGCCCCAGAGAGGGUACCUUCAACUUCUUUGAAGCCCACUACGGUAAUGUUAGCAUUCAGGUCAACACAGGCAAUGUGCAUCGUGUCUGUACGUCUUUCCUUCCUCCUAGACUGGAGAAGCUUGCUGAGAUCUGCCACAAUGGUCACAUGGAUGCUCUUUGUUUCCUAAAAGAAAGAGACCUGGUUAGUGCAGAGUAUAAUCCCCUCAGUAUGCAGGUGAAGGUGAGCUGGGCCAAACUUGCUUGUUGUGAAGCAAAGAAAGAAGUGGCUCAAGCACAAGAGCGGAGGAAGAGGAAGACAAUGCUGAAUGAACAAAAUCUUCAUCAGAAAGAUUAUCGAUGGUUAGACCACAAAGUUACAAAGAAUCUCCCUGUGGGCAUCAAGAAAGUGUUGUGUGAAACAUGCAGAGAUACUUACAACGCUGGCAGCGGGCAGUCUCAGCUUACUGACUUCUUUCCAGUAAAACUCAUCAUGUAUCUACUGACCCUCCUCCUCCUGCCCAUCCAACUGACCCUCUUAUUUGCCAAAAGACUGUGGAGCAAAAUGCAUACUCCUGGUGUCGUCAACACAACUCUGCAGAAACCCCUGAAGCAUCAGAGGCGGUGACGCCGACAAGAAUAUGUAGUAAAUUUAAG